UAGUUACUAGUCCCUCAUCCCAUCCCGUGCUCGACUCUGCCCCCCGAGAACACUUCCCGAUAGAUUCCAUCCCCUCUCUAUCAUCCUCGGCAUCCGUCCCCCCCUUUGCCCUUGUUAAUUCCAAAGGUUUCUGCAGGGAUAAAACAUUUGUGGCCUGUGGGCGUGAGUUGAGCCCUAUAGAAUAGAAUCCUGCCUGCCUGCCUGCCUGCCCUCCUUUUCAUGUUGCUUUCCCUUUCCUCCUCCUAUUUAUUAACAUUCUUCAAUCAAAUUGCUUGUCAGCAUCUUCCAGCUGCUCCAACCACGCUACACUCUCUUCUCUUGCCCCCCCUGAUUCUUGCUUGGAUUUUUCUUCAGAGGAAGGAUUGGCUACUCAGACAUUCUUCCUCCUAGUCCAGGACUAGCAGUCGUCAGUCGGUGAGGAGGGAGAGGGAGAGAGAGCAGAGCAAGCAGAAGCAGAGGUGUCCAUGGAGGGGGACAGCUACUCCGGCGCCAUGGCGAACGGCGGCGGGCAGGCGGUGGACGGGAAGCUGAUCCAGACGUUCCACAAGAGCUUCGUGCAGGUGCAGAGCCUGCUGGACCAGAACCGGAUGCUCAUCAGCGAGAUCAACCAGAACCACGAGUCCCGGGCGCCCGACAACCUCACCCGCAACGUCGGCCUCAUCCGGGAGCUCAACAACAACAUCCGCCGCGUCGUCGGCCUCUACGCCGACCUCUCCGCCUCCUUCGCCCGCACCAUGGACGCUUCCUCCGACGGCGACUCCUCCGGCACCGCCAUCCGCUCCUCCGCCGCCGCCGCCGCCGCCGCCGGACACAAGCGCGUCCGCCCCGCCUAGCUACCUACCUACCUACCUACCUUUCUUGGUUCUUGGCAUGGCAAUCCUAGCAUAGGUGCUGCCAGUGCCACUAGGCUUGUUAGUCUUUUUUUUCCCUUUCUUUCUUGCGCUUCUUCUUCUUGGUCGUCUUCUUUGUUUGUCAGUGAUUAGUGUAUGGUAAUUUAGUGACAAACAGAAAGCUGCUGCUAUGUGGAUGCUGUUCCUAUGAUUAUGAUUCUGAUGAUGAGACGCGGCACACGGUAGUACCGUAGUAGUAGUAGUAGUAUGUUUAUGUUCUUGAAUGACAGAUAUCAAUCAAUGUUCAUUUUUGGCA